AUGUGUAUCUGUUUGCACCCAGUCACCAUUCAGCUAGUGGAUAGCUAUAGCAGGAAGGCAGUGCAAACAGGAGAAAUUGUAAAGUGUGAGGUUGGUGAUGUAGUAGAAGUUAAUGCUGAUGAAACCUUUCCCUGUGAUCUUAUUCUUCUAUCAUCCUGUACCACUGAUGGAACCUGUUAUGUCACUACUGCUAGUCUUGAUGGUGAAUCUAAUUGCAAAACACAUUAUGCAGUACGAGAUACCAUUGCACUGUGUACGGCUGAGUCCAUUGAUAGCCUCCGAGCAGCGAUUGAAUGUGAACAGCCUCAACCUGACCUGUACAAGUUUGUUGGGCGAAUCAAUAUCUAUAGUAAUAGUCUUGAGCCUGUUGCCAGGUCUUUGGGACCUGAAAAUCUCUUGCUGAAGGGAGCUACACUAAAAAAUACCAAGAAAAUAUAUGGAGUUGCUGUUUACACUGGGAUGGAAACCAAAAUGGCUUUGAACUACCAAGGGAAAUCUCAGAAACGUUCUGCUGUUGAAAAAUCCAUUAAUGCCUUCUUGAUGGUAUAUUUAUUUAUCUUACUGACCAAAGCUGCAGUAUGCACUACUCUAAAGUAUGUAUGGCAAAGUACCCCACACAAUGAUGAACCAUGGUAUAACCAAAAGACUCAGAAAGAACGGGAGACUUUAAAGGUUCUGAAAAUGUUCACCGACUUCCUAUCAUUUAUGGUUCUAUUCAACUUUAUCAUCCCUGUCUCCAUGUAUGUCACAGUAGAAAUGCAGAAAUUCCUGGGCUCCUUCUUCAUCUCAUGGGAUAAAGACUUUUAUGAUGAAGAAAUUAAUGAAGGAGCCUUGGUUAACACAUCAGACCUUAAUGAAGAACUUGGUCAGGUGGAUUAUGUAUUUACAGAUAAGACUGGAACACUUACUGAAAAUAGUAUGGAAUUCAUUGAAUGCUGCAUAGAUGGGCACAAAUAUAAAGGUGUAACUCAGGAAGUUGAUGGAUUAUCUCAGACUGAUGGACCUUUAACAUAUUUUGACAAAGCAGAUAAGAAUCGAGAAGAACUCUUUCUGCGUGCCUUGUGUUUAUGCCAUACUGUAGAAAUUAAAGCAAAUGAUGCUGUUGAUGGAGCUACAGAAUCAGCUGAAUUAACCUAUAUCUCCUCCUCACCAGAUGAAAUAGCUUUGGUGAAAGGAGCUAAAAAGUACGGGUUCACAUUUUUAGGAAAUUGGAAUGGACAUCUGAGACUAGAGAACCAAAGAAAAGAAAUAGAAGAGUAUGAACUUCUCCACACGUUAAACUUUGAUUCCAUCCGUCGACGUAUGAGUGUAAUUGUGAAGACUCGAGGAGGAGACAUACUUCUUUUUUGUAAAGGAGCAGAUUCAGCAGUUUUUCCCAGGGUGCAGAACCAUGAAAUUGAGUUAACUAAAGCCCAUGUGGAACGUAAUGCAAUGGAUGGGUAUCGGACACUCUGUGUGGCCUUCAAAGAAAUUGCUCCAGAUGAUUAUGAAAUAAUUAACAGACAGCUCAUAGAGGCAAAAAUGGCUUUACAAGAUAGAGAAGAAAAAAUGGAAAAGGUUUUUGAUGAUAUUGAGACAAACAUGAAUUUAAUUGGAGCCACUGCAGUGGAAGACAAGCUACAAGAUCAAGCUGCAGAAACCAUUGAAGCUCUGCAUGCAGCUGGCCUGAAAGUCUGGGUGCUUACUGGGGACAAGAUGGAGACAGCCAAAUCCACAUGCUAUGCCUGCCGCCUUUUCCAAACUGGCACUGAGCUCUUAGAACUGACUACAAAAACUAUUGAAGAAAGUGAAAGGAAAGAAGAUCGAUUACAUGAAUUAUUGAUAGAAUAUCGGAAGAAGUUGCUGCAUGAAUUUCCUAAAAGUACCAGAAGCCUUAAAAAAGCAUGGACAGAACAUCAAGAAUACGGAUUAAUCAUUGAUGGUUCCACAUUGUCACUCAUACUAAAUUCUAGUCAAGAUUCUAGUUCAAACAAUUACAAAAGCAUUUUCCUACAAAUUUGUAUGAAGUGCACUGCAGUACUGUGUUGCCGUAUGGCACCAUUACAGAAAGCCCAGAUUGUCAGAAUGGUGAAGAAUUUAAAAGGCAGCCCAAUAACACUGUCCAUUGGUGAUGGUGCCAACGAUGUUAGCAUGAUCUUGGAAUCCCAUGUGGGCAUAGGUAUUAAAGGCAAAGAAGGUCGCCAAGCAGCCAGGAACAGUGAUUAUUCUGUUCCCAAGUUUAAACAUUUAAAGAAACUAUUAUUGGCUCACGGACAUCUAUACUAUGUGAGAAUAGCACAUCUUGUACAGUAUUUCUUCUAUAAGAACCUUUGUUUCAUUUUGCCACAGUUUUUGUACCAGUUCUUCUGUGGAUUCUCACAACAGCCACUGUAUGAUGCUACUUAUCUUACAAUGUACAAUAUCUGCUUCACAUCCUUACCCAUUCUGGCCUACAGUCUCCUGGAACAGCACAUCAACAUUGAUACUCUGACCUCAGACCCGCGAUUGUAUAUGAAAAUUUCUGGUAAUGCUAUGCUACAGUUGGGCCCUUUCUUGUAUUGGACAUUUCUGGCUGCCUUUGAAGGGACAGUGUUCUUCUUUGGAACUUACUUUCUUUUUCAGACUACAUCCCUAGAAGAUAAUGGAAAGGUAUACGGAAACUGGACUUUUGGAACCAUUGUUUUUACAGUCUUAGUAUUCACUGUAACUCUGAAGCUUGCCUUGGAUACUCGAUUCUGGACGUGGAUAAAUCACUUUGUGAUUUGGGGUUCUUUAGCCUUUUAUGUAUUUUUCUCAUUCUUUUGGGGAGGAAUUAUUUGGCCUUUUCUCAAACAACAGAGAAUGUAUUUCGUGUUUGCACAAAUGCUAUCUUCUGUAUCCACAUGGUUGGCUAUAAUUCUUCUAAUAUUUAUCAGCCUUUUCCCCGAGAUUCUCCUGAUAGUAUUAAAGAAUGUAAAAAGAAGAAGUGCCAGGAAUCCGAAUCUUGAACUGCCUAUGUUAUUAUCCUACAAGCAUAUUGACAGUGGUUACAGCUAAAAAAGAAAACAUGAAGAAACCACCACAAAAAGUUAAUCAUCUCAGGAUACUCGAUAUGCAACAAAAACUAAACCACUCUCACUUACGUCUAGGGUUCAGAAUAAAUGUCCAUUAAAAUACCAAAUUACUCUCCUAAGCAUUUACAGUUAUUGUAAGUAGCCAUUAUGGCCAAAGUUCUAAGUUAAGAAUUAUAUGAAAGUUGAAAGGAAGAACACUUAGAAUUCUGACUUUAGAUAGAAUAAUCUAACUACCAAAUGGGUGCUCUUCGAACCCAUUGACUUUGUGAAUGGAUUUAAAUACAAUAGUAUAAAGUAGAAGUCAUGCAAUGAGAAUGAAUAGAUUUUGCUAAAAUACAGUAUUACAUUUUUGCCUGGCAGAAGACAUAGCCUGUUUGGAUCACAUUACUCAUUCCUGCUGAAUGAUCAUCUUAAAUUAUUUUUUUUCAAACAAAAGGAAUACUUGAAAAUACCGAAGGACUAAAUGGUAUUGACGCAUCAGAUGGAGUAGUUCAUCUUUUCUGUUUACCCACCUGCUAAUUGUGACUUGGUAGGAUAUCUUUGCCCAAAAAUACCUUGAACACUUGUGUGGGAAGUGUUGACUCUGGGUAUUAUUGUGGGAACAGAAAAGAAAAUGUUUGUUUAUGUUUUUCUGAAUUAAAUGCCAUUUAUGGGUAUAAGGCUACUAGACUUGAAAAUAAAGCAUAAAAUAUUUUAGUCAUUUAGUAACCCCUCAAGAUAGGGGAUAAGCAGAUUUUUCCAAUGUUGAUUUUACUGGAAUCUGAGGUAAAGUAAGUAAGAUCAUUUUUAUACAAAAAUAAAGCCAUUCUGAACAUUAGUUUUUUAUCAUUUUAUGUGGAGAGACUAGAAAGACUAUUUUAAACGGUUUUCAUUUCAAAGAGGUUGCAGUUGUGCAUAUAAUACAGCAUCUUCUUUUUUUAACUUGCCAAUUUAGGAAGAGGAGAGAUCCAUCCCAAGUUGGUUCUGCCUGUAGAGCCAUGACUCUGCCAGCAUGGUUGUGUCUCUCUCAUAGCUAACUUGACCAAUGCAAAUGGUAUAAUUCUAAACUAUUAGAUUGAUCUUGGUUAGGACCUCAACUUGAUGGACUAGAAGAUUUUAGCCACCUAAUGAGUUCACUUAAAAAUAAAUAUGAGCUAUCUUUAUUCAGUGGUAAAAUUAGACACAUAUUGGAUACAAAUGGUCUCACAUUUGACUACUAAAUUAAAUGGUCUUUUAAAAUAUUUUUCAUAUCAGUUUCCAUUUUUUUCAUUCUGGCAUGCCUGUACUAUUAUUAAUGUGUAAAUUGUACUUUGAUUUGGAGAAGUACUGGAUUCAGUCUCUACCAGUAUCUUCAUAUAGUCCAUAUGGCACAUUUUAUUCUUCCACAUAUAUUUUUUGUUAAAGUUUAGGUGUAAUUUUUCUUAAAUUCUAGAAAGGACAUAGUUUUAGUUAUCAGAAACCAUUCCAUAAUUACUGAUCCCUUUUUAUUAUUUAAUUUGUUUCCUCUGUCAGUAUUAUUUUUGAGUAUUUUGUUAGAUGUCAUUCACAACUUCCCUAAGUAUGCUGUGUUCUGGUAGCCUGUAUUUGAGGUGAUGUGCUAAAGACAAAGUCUUUAAAUUCUUUGCCUAUCCCAAAGAGAUAAAAAGUCUAACCCAGGAAAGCUUUUGAUGUUUUGUUCUUGUUCUUGUUUUUAUAGUUGUUGCUGUGUUACUGUUGUUUUUCAUAAGAACUAUAGGAACUGUGAAUACAAAUAAGAGAGCCAAAGUAGGCUUGCGUAAUGCAGAACCAUUAAAGAGUUGGCAUAAUCAGAAUAUUCAGCAUAGUAGAAAUAAAACAUGGGUUGCAUGUGAAAUGUGUUGCAAUCAAGAAGAAAGAGUAAAGGAGAUUUAGAGUCAUGUUUCAGCUACACAUUACAGUGAGCACUGCAGGUCAAAUUCAGAAUGGCAGUGAUAUAUAAGAUUGUGGCCUAGACCCUUGAGAGGGACCUGGCUUUUCUUUUUGAAAGGUAUUUUUAUGAAUGAGCUACAAAAUGGCUAAUGUGAGGUUAGCAGAUGAAAUAACUUGAAAUAAUCCAUCUAGUAUUCCUAAAAUCUGACCACCCUAUUUUGUGACAGAGAAGGGGAGGAAAUGUAGUAACAGGACCACUUGUCUAUAAUUUGAAUAAUCUUGAGCUAUCAAAAUGUCCUGAUAAUUUUCACAACUAUUGUCCACUAUUUGAGGAUGUUGCCUAUUAAACUGAAACUAUUUAUUCCAUAUCUACCACAUAUACACCAGCAACAGUAUAAAUGUAAGCCUAAAUUUGCAAAAUUCAUAAUUUAGUGAUGUAAUUUUUUAAUAACAUGCAGCAUAUAAAUGUUCAGAUUUUAUGCAAAUGUUGACAAAAUCAUUUUUCAGCUUGCAAAAUGGAACUGCAAUAUUACAUUUUUCACGUAAGCAAUUUUUUACAUCUAUGUCGUUGCUUUCUAAAAUGAAUGUGAAUGCCAUCUUUUAUCAAUGCAACUUGCCUUUUUCAUUACAGAAUUUUUCUUUGGUGUAAUCAAUAAACUUUGGUAUGAUAUGAUUGA